CUAGAAACAGCAAGUACGCUGCUCAACCCUGCCUGAACUUUCCUGUAAACAGCGCACUGACAGAAGGCAUCCCUGCUGGGUGGAUCCUGCGACUCCUAGAGGGAAUGGCACUUCUUGUUUUUAAUUAGCGAGGUGAAAGGUGAAUUAAAACUAGCUGUUUGGCAAGUCAGUGCAAGAGGCUGACUUAGAGAGCAGAAGAGAAGAGCUCCACGGGGGAAGGCAGUGCGUGUGCUUGGGGUUUUUUUGUUUUUGUUUUUUUCCUGAAUGAACCGCUUGCCGAAGUGACUAUAAAAUACAGCUUCUUCCUGAAUCUACAGGCUUAGUCACUGAAGAGAGCUCUAGAUAGGACACGGCUCUGUAGACUCACUCCUUGGAAUGUCCUCUUGCUCCCGGCUUACAAACAACCGUCCGGAGGAAAGAAAGGCUUUACAGAUUCAAAUACAGCCUGACAAGUGGCAAUUUGGAACUGUGCUUUCUGAUGACAACGCGUUCCAUUUCUUACAAAGCCUCUCGCACGCUGCCCCUGGAGGGAAGUCCUAAGUAAAACUCAAAGCCACCUUAAAGUGAGGAUCGGAGGGCUUGCAGGGUGAGCGCAGCAGCAUGGCAUCCGCUGGGCACGUUCUCACCUUGCUCCUGUGGGGAUACUUAUUGGAGCUUUGGACAGGAGGUCACACAGCUGAUGCCCCCCAUCCCCGGUUACGCCUGUCACAUAAAGAGCUCUUGGAUUUGAACAGAACGUCAAUAUUUCACAGUCCUUUCGGAUAUCUUGAUCUUCAUACAAUGCUGCUAGAUGAAUAUCAAGAACGGCUCUUCGUGGGAGGCAGGGACCUUGUACAUUCCCUCAGCUUGGAACGAAUCAGUGAUGGCUAUAGAGAGAUACACUGGCCUAGUCCAGCACUGAAAAUAGAAGAAUGUGUAAUGAAAGGAAAAGAUGCAAGUGAAUGUGCAAAUUAUGUUCGGGUUUUGCAUCAUUAUAAUAGGACACACCUUCUGACAUGUGGUACUGGGGCCUUUGACCCACUUUGUGCCUUCAUCAGAGUUGGAUACCACUUGGAGGAUCCUCUGUUUCACCUGGAAUCUCACAGAUCUGAGCGAGGAAGGGGCAGAUGUCCUUUUGACCCCACCUCUUCCUUCAUCUCCACUUUAAUUGGUAGUGAAUUGUUUGCAGGACUCUACAGUGACUACUGGGGCAGAGAUGCCGCCAUCUUCCGGAGCAUGGGGCGACUGGCCCAUAUUCGCACUGAGCACGACGAUGAGCGCCUGUUGAAGGAACCAAAAUUUGUAGGUUCAUAUAUGAUUCCUGACAAUGAAGACCAAGAUGACAACAAAGUGUAUUUCUUUUUUACUGAAAAGGCCCUGGAGGCAGAAAACAAUGCCCAUGCAAUUUACACCAGAGUGGGGCGACUUUGUGUGAACGAUGUGGGAGGACAGAGAAUACUAGUGAAUAAGUGGAGUACCUUCCUAAAAGCUAGACUGGUUUGCUCAGUACCAGGAAUGAAUGGAAUUGAUACAUAUUUUGAUGAAUUAGAGGAUGUUUUUUUGCUACAUACCAGAGAUCAUAAGAACCCAGUGAUAUUUGGACUCUUUAACACUACCAGUAAUAUAUUUAGAGGGCAUGCUAUAUGUGUCUAUCAUAUGUCUAGCAUAAGGGCAGCCUUUAAUGGACCAUAUGCACAUAAAGAAGGACCUGAAUACCACUGGUCAGUGUAUGAAGGAAAAGUCCCCUACCCAAGGCCUGGUUCUUGUGCCAGCAAAGUGAAUGGAGGAAGGUACGGAACCACCAAAGACUACCCUGACGAUGCCAUCCGAUUUGCGAGAAGCCACCCACUAAUGUACCAGCCCAUAAAACCUGCCCAUAAAAAACCAAUUUUGGUAAAAACAGAUGGAAAAUAUAACCUGAAACAAAUAGCAGUGGAUCGAGUGGAAGCUGAGGAUGGUCAAUAUGAUGUCUUGUUUAUUGGGACAGAUAAUGGAAUUGUGCUGAAAGUAAUCACAAUUUACAACCAAGAAACAGAAUCAAUGGAAGAAGUAAUUCUAGAAGAACUUCAGAUAUUCAAGGAUCCAGUCCCUAUUAUUUCUAUGGAGAUCUCUUCAAAGAGACAACAACUGUAUAUUGGAUCUCCUUCUGCCGUGGCGCAAGUCAGGUUCCAUCAGUGUGACAUGUAUGGAAGUGCUUGUGCUGACUGCUGCCUGGCUCGAGACCCUUACUGUGCCUGGGAUGGCAUAUCCUGUUCCCGGUACUACCCAACAGGGACACAUGCAAAAAGGAGAUUCCGGAGACAAGAUGUUCGGCAUGGAAAUGCAGCUCAGCAGUGCUUUGGGCAGCAGUUUGUUGGGGAUGCUUUGGAUAAGACUGAAGAGCGACUGGCUUAUGGCAUAGAGAACAACAGUACUUUGCUAGAAUGUACCCCACGAUCUUUACAAGCAAAAGUCAUCUGGUUUGUGCAGAAAGAACGUGAAACAAGAAAAGAGGAGGUGAAGACAGAUGACAGAGUGGUUAAGAUGGAUCUUGGUUUACUCUUCCUAAGGGUACGCAAGUCAGAUGCUGGGACCUAUUUUUGCAAGACAGUAGAGCACAGUUUUGUCCAUACUGUUCGUAAAGUCACCUUGGAGGUAGUGGAAGAGGAGAGAGUGGAAGAAAUGUUUAACAAAGACCAUGAGGAGGACGGGCCUCACAGGAUGCCUUGUCCUGCCCAGAGUGGCAUCCCCCAGGGAACAAAACCAUGGUACAAGGAAUUCUUGCAGCUGAUUGGUUAUAGCAACUUCCAGAGAGUGGAAGAAUACUGUGAAAAAGUAUGGUGCACAGAUAAGAAGAGGAAAAAGCUUAAAAUGUCCCCCUCCAAGUGGAAGUACGCCAACCCACAGAAAAAGCAGCUCCGUUCCAAACCCAAACCUGAGCACUAUCGCCUGCCCAGGCACACGCAGGACUCCUGAUGGGGUGAAACCAUCUACUAGUGUCUGAAGAAUUUAUAUUUGGACCCUAAAGAAAAACAAAUAAUGAAAAAACAUCCAACUUUUUUGCAUUAUGCAAAAGAGAUUUCUGUAAUACAGAAAUAACAUGACUGUCAGGGUGUUAUGAUAAAUUAUUCUACAUUCUCAUUGGACUUGAUAAACCUCACAUAAUAUUAACUAAUUUUUUAAACAAAUGUGUUGCUUAAUGGUUUCACAUUAUAUUUAUCAAAAAAUGAUAACUGUAGUUCUGAGUACUUGCUGCUUGUCCAUAGCAAUUAUUAUUUUACCUUUGGAGGACUUAAAGUUAUAAGAAUAUUGGAGAAAACUUAGAGAAGAUCAUAAUCAUGGAAAACAUAAAAAUAAAUGUUUUGAUCCUUCUGAAAUGUUCCUUUCCACUCUGAUGUAAAAUAUGCAGAAUAUUAGGUACUUUAAGUCUUAUGUGUAUUUUCUAUACUUUUUAGGAAUUAUUGUAUUAGUGUUGUGUAAACUAUUAGUUUUAAGUAGCAGGUUGUUGUGAUUGCUGUAAACCAUGAAAGAAAAAAUGUGGUCACCCUGAGGCUUGUGCCCUUCAUAGACAAUUCAUUAAACCACAUUUGUAAUAUUUCUGUUUCAUAACAAAAAUGCAUCCUUUAAAUUUCACUCUGACGUAGAAAGAAUGAAGCUAAGGUGACUUCUCAGAACAAUAUCAAAGCAUGUCAAAACAAAUGGAGUUAUGGUUAAGAUUCUAACUAGAAGAUAUUUGCUACCCUCUUGUGGUUGCAAAGUGUAUUCUCGUACAUUUCUUUUUCUCUACAGAUACCUGUCUACGGUAGAUUUGUUGUUUAUUUUUUAUUUACAUUUUUAUUGACUAUGCAUAUUCAUAGGCCAAAAAUCUGAGCAUUGCCACCUGUGUUCAAGAUGUAAUGAUCAGAUGAGAAAUAUCUGAAAGUAGAUCAUCAGUAGAUACAUCUAGUCCACGGAAAUAAAAAACAUGUUAAUGCUUAUGUCAUGCUUUAUGAUGGAGGUAAUAAGUUUAAAGAUUAUUUAUUACCUCACAAGUCAAAAAUAAAGAUAUUGCAGCAUUGAAGUUCUAUUAAAACUUAAACUUGUAACCUUCU